AAAUCACUAAUGUCACAUUUGACAUUUAUCUUCACGUCGUCUUCGAAGUAAUGUUCAUAACAAUAAUAUUUUUAAAACAAUGGAAUUAAAUUGUCGAAUAUGUUUAGAGGAAGCCGAUAUUGUCAUUUAUCUCUAUGAAGAAGUAAAAGAUGUUGAUUACAGCUUAGAUUUGCAAUGCAAUUUAUCAAAGCUUCUCUAUCAAUGCGGAGGAUUGAAGAUUGAACGUGAUGAUCCCUUUUCAAAAUAUAUUUGUUACACGUGCACUAAAGAUUUGUUGUAUGUGGCACAAUUUCGACAAAAAUGUAGAUUAGCUGAGGAGACCUUAAACAACAUAGCACAAAUGGAAGAAGAAGACGUAGAAAUUGUAGAAUGCAAUGAGACAGAAAUUAAAACAGCUUCGAAUGAUAAAAAUGACACCGAAGAGGUUUGUGCGAACAUAGAAGUAGACAAUUCUAACCAAAUUAUUGAAGAAUAUGUAUUAGAGGUAUAUGAGGAAAGUAAUGAUAUUGUGUCUUUGCAAAGUGAAAAAGUUGCAGAAGAAAUCGUAGUUGAUACAACUUUGCAAAUUGUUGAGAAAGAUAAUUUUGCUAAUUUAUUGUCCUUGCAUGAUGGUGAAAUGAGACCCUAUACUCCACUUAUAGGGGAAGAUUCGAGGGAUAAUAAUGAAGUAACGCAAGAAGAAUUCACUAUUAAUGAUUUAAUUGAAUAUGAUGAGAAUGCAGAACUAGAUACUGCUGAGAAUGCAGAUGACAUUAAUUUUGAAUCGAGUAUGAUAACAAAUCAAUUUGUAUGUGACGCAUGUGGGGCUAAAUUUCGGCUCGCAUCCAAUUUAAGACGGCAUUUAACCAUGGCUCAUUCGGUCACACAAUAUUUUAGUUGCGAAAAAUGUAAUUACUGCUUUUCCACAAUCGCUAAAUACAAAGAGCAUUGUAGCUCUUGUAAAUGUUUACGCAUUAAAAGGAAGUGCGGUGAUUAUCAAUGUAUACAUUGCGGUAAAACCUUGUGUUCUGCAAGCGCGUUAGCAAUACAUUUACGUAUGCAUACUGGAGAGCGCCCGUUCCAAUGCACAAACUGUCCAAAGGCAUUUAAAACUAACGCAGCACUCAGCAUACACCUUAAAAGACAUUUCGGUAAGGCGGAAUAUAGUUGCGAAAUCUGCAAUAAAUUAUUUUAUGAAACAAGCAACUUAAAAAUACAUAUGCGCACGCACACUGGGGAGAAGCCUCACAAAUGCAACACAUGCGAUAAGAGUUUCUCUCGAGUGUUUUCAUUAGAAGCACAUAUACGUGUACAUAGUGGAGAGCGUCCUUUCGGUUGUUUGUAUUGCGAAAAAAGAUUUAAGCAAUUACCCGAUUUAAAAAAUCAUGAGCUCACGCACGCUGGUGAAAAAAAGCAUAAAUGCAAUGUUUGUAAUAAAAGUUUUAUAAAAAAACGACAGCUUAUAAUGCAUAUGUCGAGGCAUAAAGCGAACUCACUUGAGAACAAUGCUGUCGAGAGUACGCUUGGGAAUGAAGCAGAUUGCGUAAGGAAAGAUCUUUCUCUUCAAGAAGAAACGGAAAACGCGUUGCAAUCUAUUUGCAACGAAUAUGAAGAUUUUAUUGAAGAAAUACCAGCAUACUGUCGGUUAUGUGCUACUUUGCGUAAAAAGGAUUUAUUUAGCCAGUUAACUGAGGAACUAUGCGACAAAGUCAACCAGAGUAUAAAAAUAAAAAUAAUAUUGGUGGACAAUUUGUCCAAGUCAAUAUGCGAGGAUUGUAUCAAUGAUGUACAACAGGUGUUCAAAUUCUAUACGAAAGUGAACGAGGCACAGGAAUUGUUAGGGAAUCUGUUUUUGCCCACAUACGCAACUGAAGAUAAUGGUGAGGCGCGAGAGUCGCCAAAAAGCAAGCAAACAUUGGGUGCAACUCUAAUUCAGAGUCUACGCGAAAAUUCUGGACAAAAUUGUGAUCAGAAAGAGACUAAAAAAACUGAAGAAAAAAAUCUUCAACAACAAGUGGCGACGCGCAGUUCUAAGCGUUUGAAGAGGAUUCACAGUAAAAAUGUACCAGCGCUUGAGAAAGAAAUAUCAGAGAGAACUGAUGGAAGUACAACGGAUGUCGUUGCAGCGCUAAAAGCUGAAAGAGUUUCGAUGAAAAUAAAAAAGGAAUCUAAGUUUGUAGAGCAGAAAACUAUUUUAAAUGCAGAUUUGCACACUAAAACUCAUGCAGGCACAGUUAAAGACAGUGAGGAAAUAGAUCUGUACGAAGUAAAUAUAUGCGAUGAAGAUAAUUUAGUGUACAAAUCACAGCAACGAGAGUCUGAUGACGACUUAAAAAGUGUUGAUAGUGAUAUAAUUCUCAUCGGUAAUGUACUUAAUCAGGUGCGUGGCGAAAACAUGGAAUUGUCGGUGGAACGAGGAGAAAAUCAACGUGAUCUGGAGGAAUAUGCCACUGAAUAUGAAGUCUUGAUUGAGAGUGAUGAUAGUGAAUUAAAGAAAGAAGAAAAAGAUAAUUUUUUACUAACGGAAGAAAAUGUUACUAACAGUGAAGAUGUUAAUGCUUUCUUGUUGCAAGAAAAUGAUGAACAGGAGGAAGAGCUCGAAAUCGAGGAGUCUUUCACUAAUAGUGUGAAGGAAAGUAUUUCGCUGACCAGUUGGAAUCUAUACACUUGGUGUUGCAGCGAUUGCACUUAUACAGCAAAGUCCUUUAUUGAAUUAGUUAAUCAUUCGCAAAGUGUGCACAAAAAACGCAAACAUGAUAUGGAAUACAAAUGUUUUGAUUGCCAAAAGAUAUGUCAACGGUACAAUUCAUUUCUGAACCAUGUGCGCAUUCGACAUCACCCAGCAUUAAUGAAGCAUUGUGAUGUCUGCUACGAGGAAUUUACAGAUUUUAAAGAGCUUUCAGAACAUCGCGAAUAUAAAUGCUCAAUGGAUUCGAAUCUUUUUCCAUCGGUUGCAUUUUGCAAUCAAUGCGGUAAAGGAUAUUUCACAGCGUCUGCACUGCUGAAUCACAUACGCUAUCAACACUCUAAACUGCAGAAAUAUUUCGAGUGUGAAGAUUGCGGUAAACAUUUCAAACGCGUUGGUGCAUUGAAGGCUCAUCAUCUAAUACACACUGAUACUAAGGACUAUACUUGUGACCAAUGUGGUCGUGCUUUCAGACAGAAAAUUAAUCUAGACGUCCACCUAAUAUCACACGAAUCACAAAAAGGUUUUGUAUGUCAAACCUGCCAUAAAAAGUUCAAGACAUCACUAAAUCUAGAAAAGCACAUGUUGAUCCAUUCCAAUGUAAAGGAAUUCAAGUGUGAUUACUGCAAUAAAGAGUUUCGUACGAAAGACGUAAAAAUGGCUCACGAACGCAUACAUACGGGGGAAAAACCAUACAAAUGUACGUACUGUGAUAGAGCCUUCCGGUUUCGUGGCACAUUUUUGACUCAUAUAAAUAUCCACAAUGGAUUACGGCCAUACGUUUGUUCCGAAUGUGAUAGUGCUUUUACUAAUUGGUCCAAUCUAAAUAAGCACAUAAAGAGACGACACGACAAUACAGCAACAAAUGGUUCCUAUACUAAAAUAGAUAGUAUAAGAAGAAAGUAUAAGACAAGGAAACCGACCGUUAAAAAGAAAUCAGAAACAAAUGCUAGCGAAGUAACCAGUACUGAAGUAUUUAAUGAGUUCGAGUUUAUUGAAGAUGAAGUAUAUGAAACGAUUGAGAUAGUUGAAGAAGGUAUGGAAUAAACCUGGAAUAAAUAUGGAGUAAAUGUUUAAUUUUAAAUAAUGAAUUAGGAUUUUUGUACACAAGGAAUAAAAAAAUUUUGAUUAUUUUUCUGUUAAUGUUGUUUUUAAAGAUUCUUGUUGUAGUGUUCAGCUUUUAUUAAACAAAAUUAAAUUUCCUGUACAAAGACCAGCAACACAAAUAUUGACGAUACUCCUUAGAAAAUUAUUGAUUUAUCGUUAAGAGUUAGGAGACUGUUGUAGUGCCCAUGACCUACAUCAUUGUUUAAUAUGGCAGGUUAUUGCAUAAAGUAACUCAACAACUGUGACAUAAUUUAUUGAAUGCACAUUUGUCGCUUUGUCGGUUUGACUUUGAUCGUAUUACCCUUUUAGAUUUUUUUUGAGUCACGCCGUUACGAUUGUGCACUUGGAACAUAAUGCGCGAGCCAAACGUUUAAUCAUGUGUGGUUAUUGUACUGUAGUAGCACAAAUUCCUAAUGAGAAAUAUAAUAUUUUAUGAAUGUUUAUCACAAUAUGCAUAAGUAAAAUGCAUAUGUACAAGAUAAGAAAUAUAUAACACAUGUUAGAAUAGUAAGAUAGAUA